GGACGGGGGACUGGAGCUCUGGUGAGGGACCAGCUGUGGCUUUGCAAUCGUCCUCUGCUCAGAGAAGUCCCAAGCUACAGCUCCUGUCAAGGAAUGGGUCUUAAAGUAAAGACUCUUGAAGAGUUUUUAUAUUCCUUGCUGGGGGUACAACUUAAAACUGAACCAGUGUUUUCUUGUCACCGUAUUUACUUGUUGCCAUUUCCUUUCCCCUUUGUGUGUCGCAAUAGGAAGGAACUUCAGCUGCUGUUUUAAGGAACUUUAGUUUCAGCAUCUGAAGUUGCAACAUGAAUUGCAACAUGCAAAAGAACUGCUGGAAAUUUGGGGAUGCAACCACAGAAUUAAUUACAGUGUCUGGCAAUAAUGUACAUUCCCACCAUGUGGCUGACAAGAAAUCUAUAAAAAGGCAGCCUAACUGACCAAGCAGAGCACCUGAUUCAAGAUUCACUAUGGAGCCUCACAAAUGCCCAGCAAGUAACAUUCUCCUCUUCCUUCUUUCUGUUCUUUGUCCAGAUGGAGACAAGGGCUAUGCCCAGGCAGCUGUCUUCAGGUCCAGAAUCUGGGAUGUCAACCAGAAAUCCCUGUACCUGCAGAACAAUGAACUAGUAGCUGGAUACCUGCAAGGCCCCAAUUUUGCACUGGAAGAGAAGAUAUACUGGAUUCACAACCGUGCCUUUCACCAGGACAAAUUCCCCAUCAUCUUGAGUAUUCAGGAUGGGAAGCGGUGCCUGGCUUGCUCCUCCAGUGCCUGGCCUGCGCUGCAGCUUGAGAACAUCAACAUCACCGACCUACACAAAGACAGCAGGGAGGAGUCCGGCCGCUUUACUUUCUUCUUGUCCAACAAGGAUGGGAUAUGGCGAUUUGAGUCAGCUGCUUGCCCAGGCUGGUUCUUGUGCACCUCUUCCAGAGCCAAUGAGCCUCUUGGCCUCACACAGCUCCCUGGACCGUCUCAUGUGGUGGACUUUUAUUUCCAGCCCUGCUGAGCCCUCAGGAGCAGCAGCUGCCAAGUGCCCAAUUUCCCCGAGGGACUCCUUACAACACCCAAGGAUUUCACAGCCACUCCUCUCUCAGUAAUGCUGCAGCCUCCCCCCGUGUGGGUGACGGAGCAUGGAGAGGCACCCAGAAGUCUCUCUCAGCCCUAAUGGAGUCCCCUCCUGCACGGGUACAGCUGUCCUGAUGGCUCUUCCUCCCAGCUGCUUGGCCCCGGCACCGGAUCCUCACGGGCACCAAUCUUGCCUCGGCAGAUUCAGCGUCCCUUCCGGGCCAAACUAUGCCACACAUUUGUGCUUGUGCCCCGUUUGCGGCUCAGGCUGCAGUCUCCAGUAGGGGACACCUGUAGAGUGGGCGGGGUGGGGGGAGGCAGCCCAAUGUUUUUGCCACUGCUACUUUUGCACCUUCUAAUCCCUCUCCUCCAAAACUGUUUUGGACUGGGAGGGGGGAAGAUCUGGGGAAAUCAAGGCUUACCUAAAACAGAUCCAUAGCUGCAAUUCAGGUGUACUUAAACAAAACAAAACAUUUGUUUUAAAAGAAAAUAGUAGAACUAGAACGUGAAGAAUUCAGAAGUUAAAAGUACGAAUCCUGAAUGUUUUAUAUACUUUCACAGCCAUCAUUAUGAAGGAAAACCACAGGGCAAGCUAUCUAGCAACCCCAUGAUGUUAUAAGGCAUUUAUUUCAAACCCAGAUUCAAAGGAAGGAUUUGGGAUUUUGGACAAACAUACUGAGGGCAGAGAGAAAGAGGGAGAUGGGGUGGGAGAGACAGAGAGAAAGGAUGUCAGAAAAGACAUCACAGCUGCUUUCUUGCUAUGGGAAACACAUCUUUAUUCUUGAAGAGCGUAACCAGGAGUCCACUUUAUCACUCCCAAAUCAUACAUGAAGCAGCCCAGCUGAGGAACCUGCUUUUAAUGAGCUUCCACUAAGAGAGGGAGGGGGAAAGUGGUGACUCACUACUAUUGAAUAUGAAUGGGUUUUGUUUUUUUAAAAAAAUGCAGAAUACUUUCCCUUCAUAAUUCCCAAGCAUUUUUUAAAACUCUGUCUCAAGGAGGGAAGCCAUUUUUCUAAUGUUAUGUGUUCAGCUGUCUUGGACCUGGCACCAGAAAUUCAUUCCUGAAUUAUUUUACAGUUCUACACAGACAUGUUGGUUGGAGAGGUUAGGAUGUGAUGUCUCUCCUGCCCCCCAGCUGGGCUGACCUAAGGGCUGUGGGCACACUAGUCACUUCCAAAGCAGCCAGAAUGGUUUUCUUGGCUGCCUUUUGAAGCGCUCUGCCCUCUGCUAGCCACAUCUCUCUUCCCCAGUGCUGACUUCAGACCUUUCAGGACUGCUCACAGCAAAGCAUUGGGCCAAUCACUGUCUCUGUCUGAGCCUGCAGCAAAGUGUUUCCAUUGGCCACACCUGGAGGGGCAAUGGGUUGAUAUACCAAUCAGUUGUGAAACCUCCGACAUUGAAUUUUUUAAAAAAAACUCGCACUCAAGCUGCUCCCACCAGGUUUAACAGUAAGAAGGGGCAGGGGUUGACCAGCAUCAUCAUGUGCCCCCAUUUUCAAAAAAGAGAGGUGGAGACGCACUGGAAACAGCAGAACAGUGAUAGUGUCUCUACCCCUUAAGUGGACUUACCCAGGCAUAUCUACUUGCACCACCACAAGGAAAGCCCUGCUGGUGUUAAGGACAAGAGAGGAGACUGUCACAGGCAAGGAGAGAGAAAAAUAAAGUUUGGCACCUACUGAAGACCUUCUUUUUCCAACAAGCCUUUUGAUAGAGACCUUUAUCCCACUCUGCAUCUGUAUAGGAAUUGUUUUUCAGAUGUUUUUAGCGUUUUAUCAUUUGUUUGCCACCCAGGGCUUCUUCAGGGUGCAGGGCGGGAUAUAAAUUUAAUAAAUAAAUAAAUAAUAAUGAAUGCUAACUCCAUUCAUUCAUUGGCUCCACUCACAGAACUCACCCACCAAAAAUGCAGGUGUAACUAAAAUUCAUCCCAUAGGAAUCAAUGGAAGGGCAGAACAUGAAGGUUUACACAGCCCCUCUACAGUCACUGCCCUCCCCAGCCAGGAGCAGUUAAGAUAUAGCCUUAAGUUACAUUUGAGAUACCCAGGCAUAUGUACCUGUUGCAUCUGCCUAGUUCACAUUGCUCUGCCCCCUUCCAGAUGGGCAACUGCAAAGCUCUCUUCACGGGCCUGGAAAUAGUGACGGGGUCCUAAUGUGUGGCUACCAAAGCACCAGCUGGAGCUCAACGUAUAAUUCAAAACAUUGAUUACCUGUUUGUUUCUAGGCUUAGUUUAAAGUGAAGGUGUUGCUCUUUAAAGACCCAAGACCAGGUUACUACGAGAACCACCUCUCCCCCUCCCCAAUCCGCUUGAGCUUGAAGAUCAAUAUUAAGAAGAGGGGGAGGGGGUCACCUCCCCCUCCCUGCUUUCUGUUCAGACAGGCUCCUCCUCUGCAUGGUAGACCCUCAUCUGCUGUUUUUAGAAAUUUUUAUGACUGCUGCUUUUAUAUAUGUUUUUCUUCUACUCUUUUUGCUUUUAUUUGUAGUGUUGUUUAUUGAUUUUAUUGCCUAUUUUUGCAAGUUGCUUUCAAAUGCUACUGAGAAAAGUGGAAUAUAAAUAAAAACAAUAAACACAGACAUCCCUGAGCAGAGUUGCUCUCCUUGGGGAUGAGCUGCAGGAUAAAGUGACUGCAUUGGCCAUUCCUAGGGACUGCUUGUAUAUUUGUCAAUAAAAGGUGUUACUAAGAUGCCACAGU